AUGUCUACCUCACUCGAUCAACUGAAAGCUUCCGGGACCACCGUCGUUUGCGACAGCGGCGAGUUCUCCACGAUCAAGAAAUACCAACCUCAAGAUGCCACCACAAACCCCUCCCUGAUCCUCGCGGCCUCCAAGAAGCCCGAAUACGCCAAGUUGAUUGACCCGGCUGUCGAAUAUGGCAAGCAACAUGGCGGAUCAAUUGACGAACAAGUUGACGCCACACUUGACCGUCUCUUGGUCGAGUUCGGCAAGGAGAUUUUGAGCAUUGUUCCCGGCAAGGUCUCGACAGAAGUUGAUGCUCGAUUCUCCUUCGACACCAAAGCUUCAGUUGAAAAGGCACGCCACAUCAUUGAGCUCUACAAGUCCAUUGGCAUCGACAAGUCUCGCAUCCUGAUCAAGAUUGCCUCCACCUGGGAGGGUAUCAAGGCCGCUGAGAUCCUGCAAAAGGAAGGUGUCAACUGCAACCUGACCCUCAUGUUCUCUCUCGUCCAAGCCAUUGCUGCCGCCGAAGCCGAUGCUUUCCUCAUUUCUCCCUUCGUUGGUCGUAUCCUCGAUUGGUACAAGGCAGCCAUGAAGAAGGAUUUCUCUGCUCAAGAAGAUCCCGGUGUCAAGAGUGUGCAAUCCAUUUUCAACUACUACAAGAAGUACGGCUACAAGACCAUCGUCAUGGGCGCGUCAUUCCGAAACAUUGGCGAAAUCACCGAGCUGGCCGGCUGCGACUACUUGACCAUCUCACCUAACCUGUUGGAGGACCUCUACAACUCCAAAGACCCCGUCCCCAAGAAGCUCGAUGCUUCCGCAGCCUCCUCCUUGGACAUCGAGAAGAAGAGCUACAUCAACGAUGAGGCGACAUUCCGCUUCUACUUCAACGAGGAACAAAUGGCAGUUGAGAAGCUUCGCGAGGGUAUCAGCAAGUUCGCUGCUGAUGCUGUUACAUUGAAGGGCAUUCUCCGGGAAAAGAUUGAGAAGGCUUGA